CUUAUUACUCAAUAAAAAAAAUGCAAGGAUUAUCUAUUUUUUCAAAAUAGUAGAAUCAUCAUUCCUUGUUUGAUCAAUAUGUCCAUUAUUUUCUACAGUGUACAUAAUGUGAUUCUCUACUGUUUCUUCACAAUUAUUAUGUAUUUGAAAUAUCAAGCGAAAAUAUUUACAUAUUAAAAUAUAACUUUAUAUAAAGAGAGAAAUUUUCAUAUAUUUGAUCAGAAGGUAUCUAAAAAGCUUAAGAUUAAAUCAGUACCUAUUAAUCUCCCUAUAUUUGUGUGCAGUGAAUCAAAUAUGGCCUACUAAAUAGUUGCUUUAAUUGAUAUAUUUUACUUAACUUAUAAUAUAAAUUACAGAACUAUGGCUACACAUUGUAAAUCAAUUGAACUUAUAACUCAUCAAAAAUGUAGACAUUUUCAAGGAUCAACCGCAUUUCAGUAUUUUCCAACAACACAGGAUAAAAAUAUACGUUAUGACACUAAAAUAUUGGACACUGUUUUGAAAAAUAUGAAACAGCAAUAUUGCAUAUCAACACUGCAAUCAAAGUUGUUUAAGAAUGUAGAAACACAAACAGAUUAUAGAGAAAGUGAGACACAGACACUACCAUGGGAACCUCAGUACAAAAUACAUCCAGGUCAUAAUCCAGAAGUACUGACAGUGACUCAUUUAACUUGGGAUCAUGGAUUACCAGCAGGAAUGCAUGAAAUUGAAAUUAUUAAUAGAAUAAAAAUGAGAAGGGCUUGGGAAAUGUUUCUUCCACCAAUGGAUACAGAAGCUAAUAUUAAAAUACGGAGAUGUAUAACAAAAGCUUUAGAAGAAGAACAAUGGGCAUUUAGAGAUGCAGAAAUACAAUACAUAAUGGAUCUGCGUCUUCAGUUAAUGGAAAAACUUUCACAUUCAAAAGAAUAUAAACAUAAUGAGAAUAUACAAAAUCGCUUCAAACGUUUGAAAAAUAACUUAGGAAUGUAUAGAGAUGAGAAAAUAAAAGUUAUUAGACAAAAUUUAAAACGAGAUUUGAGAAAAUUGCAUAAAUUACAUUAUGAUAAAAAGCAGCUUCAAAAAAGAGAUACUAUACAUUCAUAUAUUAAUUAUGCUUCUAAAUUGUAUAGAUCACAAUUAAAUUUUGAAAAAUAUUCUCCAGGACAAUUCAGAAAAAUGAAAAAGCAGUCAUCAAGAAAUGAUAAUAUUCAUCAUGAAAAAAUAAAAAAUAUUGAUACUAUAUCAACUAAAUUACCAAGUUACAAAGAAUCGAAAUCAAAACAUGUAUUACCAACGGAAUUAUGUAUUCGUCAAACAAGAUGGACUGAUGAUAAAUUAAAAACAUUAUACAUGGAUUUAAAAGCAAUGAGGUUAAAUAUUAUGCCCUCAGAGACAUCAACAUCAAUGAAAAAGAAAUAUAAAAUUCCUAUAUUACCAUCUACACCAUAUAGAGUUCAGGAAUACAAAGAUACAUUGUUAGAUCAAGCAGCACUACGUAUCCAAGAAACAAUUAGGGGUAGAGCAACUCAAUGUAUGAUGUUUGAAGGUACUAAUAGAUGUAGAGAACUAAUUAAAGAACUGCAAUUUGCUUAUGAUAUUAUGGAUCAUAAUAAUGAAGUAAGGCAAAUAGAAAAACAAGAAAUAAUUGAUAUUCAACAUAAAGAACAUAAUAGAUUAUUACAAGAAGAAUUUUUGUGUGAAAUUUUUGAUUCUUUAGAAGGAGCAACUGUAUGUGGAAUAUUAGAUCAUUUAAGUAAAGAAAUGGUAAGAUUGAAAGACGAACGCAAUGCACAUAUAUUUGCAUUAUUUGCUGAAAAAGAAAGAUUAAAACGUGAAGCAGCAGAAGCUGGACGACGACAGUUAGAACGUAAUCGUUGUAGGGAAUGCAAUGAAAUGUUCCGGCAAAUAAUAAAAAUAGAUCAAGAUACCGUAGAAAUUUAUUUAGAUGAUAUUAUAAAGGAAGAAAUUGAAGAAAUAUCAUAUCAGAAUGCUGAACAACAUAUCUUACAAUUUUUUGAUCAUGUGGACAAAAUUUCAAAUGAUACAAUAGGAAAUAUGACGGAUUUUGAAGAAGAAGAAAUGGUAGCAGAUAUGAUUUAUAACUUUGUCUUACCAGAAGUAGGAAAAUUUAAUGCUCGACAACAGAUUAAAAAGAAACAACAAAGCUAUUUACAAAGUGCACACGCAAUAUUAUAUGAAAAUUCAUCAGAUUCUCUACCUGUUGAACUUAUAAACAGCGAAGAUUCAGAGGAAAGUGUAUAAUGAUUGAUCUAAAAUUGAAUUUAAGCAAAUUUAACUUAUAAAUAAUUUAUGAUUGAAUUUUUUUUAUAAAAGAUACAAUAGCUAUGAAUUUCAUUUCAAUAUGGAACUUUAUAAUUCUUUUGAAAAGUUUAAAUGUACAUUCACUCCUUAUAUCUAUGUUAGAGUUAUCUAUAGUCCAUCCAAUUUUUUUUUUCUAUAUAAUACAGUUUAUCACAUUUUUACUUUUCAAAGAAAGAUAUGAUUAUUAUUGAUCUGAUCUAUAAGAAUAUUAAUUAUAUGCCAGGAAUGUAGCAU